AUGCCCAGGACGGACUUCCAGGGAUCAGUGAACAUGGGCCGCUUUGACAGUGCCGUCCAGUACAUGAAGCAAUUGGGCGACCCUUCAGUACCCAACGCUCCUCUUCCGGCUCCCAACGCUCCUCUUCCAGCUCCCAAUGCUGCGCUGCUGGCUCCCAAUGCUGCGCUGCCGGCUCCCAACGCUGCGCUCCCGGCUCCCAAUGCUGCGCUUCCGGCUCCCCAGUCUCCCAAGAAUGACACGCCCGACAUUCCCAGGCCCCCUGGAUGCCAGCGGCUGUCGGAUUCGCAGGUGGCCGUGGUGAAUGCUGCCCAGGAUACGCUGUCAAUCUGCUUAGGCAGCUUGCCCUCCUUGGCGGACUUCCGGAGACAGGCGGCACAAUCUGCAGAUCUAAGCGAGCCUACGACGAGUGGGCCCGAUGUGAACGACACAGCGGCACUUUCGCCAACCAGCAAGCCUCAGUAG